GCGGCUGGCAGAGGUUAAGGCCUGACUUCUGCUCCCAGUUGACCCAGUCGACCCGGGUUCAAAUCCGCCUGCCGGCUCCUCGGGUGUUUGAGGAGUGAUGAAAUGGGAGGUGGCCCCCCAUCUUAUGGACGGUGUAGGACGUGAUAAUAUCAACUUGCGAGCUGACCAGGAACUAAGUUGAUGCGCCGUUGAUCCGCUAGAUUUGGUUGGAUGCUGGUGGCUAUAGCACGUAUCCCUGCGGCGGCGGUGGGGAUGCCCUAUGGCCCCGCCGCUGACACGGUACAUUCAUCAGCUGUGGGAGCGGCCGUCUGGUCCCAUGCCGCCCGUACGGCCGUACGACACCGCCAUACUCAGCGUCUCAGUCCUUGCCGUGCGACGCUGGACACGCCGGAGAUUUCGGAGCUGGUGCAAAAGAUGUUGGCCGCGCGCCCUCCCCCAACUGACCGGGAGAACUUGUCCAAGUGCCUGAGCUUGAUCGAGGAAAUCAACGCCAAGGACCCUUCAAAGGUGGAGUACGGCGGCCAACGGUAUCCGUACCGUGUCCUGUUUGGCACCUGGCUGGCGGGCUGGGUUGAGAAGUUGGACCCGGGGGCGCCCGACGAGCUGUUCAUCCUGGCCAGGGGAUACAUUGAGGCCUCCCAGAAGCUGGUGGAAGACUUCAUGCUCAACAGGGACCUGCCCGACCCACGGGAUGUACGACUGUACGACGUGACUGGUCCCAUGGGCAUUAUAAACUUCAGGUUGUUGGAGUUGUUGUUGAUGGUUCAGACGCUUCGGGAUGCUGAGGCGCUGGUGUUCCUGGAACACACAUUCCCCCGGAUGUUCGAGGAGCUCCCCGCGGACGAGGUGCUGACAGCCGUGAAGCGCGAGCUCGUGGGCGUGUCCAAGAAGUGUCUGGCGACUGCUCUGCAGCUCCCCUGGAGUCCGCUGCAGCGGAAGCUGCUGGGUCGCGCCCUGCCCGCCCCCCCCGGCCUGGGCGGUGUGCUGCGGGAGUUGGAGGGGGUGGCGGCGGCGUCCACCCACCCGGGGGACUGGAGGUACCGAGACUUCGACUACGAGUAG